AUGGCCGAAGAUCUAGGCGACAUGGUGUCGAGACACGCGAUGAAUGAAGACAUACAACGGCGGGAGCUGGCGUUGCCCCCGGGUCCCGAGGCAUACUACACGGCAAUCCGAACUGGUCUGUGUAACGCCUACCUCGCAGCCAGCGUCGUCUGCAGUAGCUUGGUUUGCACAAGCAAGACCGGUCGCAUGGGUACGGCAGGGAAAACUUUGCAGUUUCUGUCGAGCGCGGUGCCUGUGGUCAGCGGGCUUGCGGGCUUGGCUGCCGCAGCUUUGAAGGCGGGAGACCGAUAUCUGCAAACUCGGCGAGUGUCGAAGAUCUGCGAUAUCGCGCCCGACUCGACUGACUGUUGUUUGCUGGCGAGGACGUUGGCGUUGCAACUCUCGGAUGGGUAUGUGGACGGCACCCUCCCCACGACUGGCACGGCUGAAGAACGUGGCACGCACACCACAGCAGGCAUGGGUGGUGUUGAGGGCGUGUGCGGAUGGAGCCAAGAUAUUGGCGCCUCGCCAGACUCUGCGACCGAGGAAGCCGUCAUGGACUGGUUUGUCGAAGAAGUGGCGGACUACGAGCCGAACAACCUCGAUGCAAGGAAAACGACUCCUGCCGUACAGGCUGGGAGGAAGCUUGGGAAAAGGCACCUCCAGACUCUUCUAAAGGCGGUUGGGCGGGGUUGUCUCCGCGGCACAAACACUCCUGACGAGAAGGUGAAAGUUCUUGUCGGGAUUAUACUCCCAGAGGCCAAGCGGAAAGUUGGUUCGACAUCUCACGGCACGCAGGAGCGUACCAAUCACGAAGCUAGCUCCGCCCAACCAGCUUCACGGCAGUGGCAUGCUGCAGCUACUCGUCCGGGCGUUCCUGACGGUGCUGCCAAGAGUGAUAUUGACGUGGCAGCGUUGAUGGAGCGCAUGGCUUCCAUGCGCAUUCGCACGGAAGCAACGCACGAAGAGCUUAAAGCCGGCCUGGAAGCUUCUCGUGCGAAACAAGUCGAGCUUGAAGCAGAGAACGCCAGGCUUAAUGACGGUUUGGAAGCGGCAAAUGCCAAAAACGCCAAGCUGGAGUCUGAGGUGAAAAUCCUGAACAAAAAGGUGAUGAAGCCUGGGCAGGACUUGGAUAGCUUGGUAGCGAGCGGGGGCGGGCUAGCUUUGAAGCAGCGGCAAGCUGUCACCGAGACAGCAGUGGAUGACUUUCUCGAGAGGGCUCAAGAGAGAGCACCGGCUGCGGGUAAUGAUGUGGUGACCCUGGGGCAGCUGGCAGAGGCCGUGGAACUCCUGAAGGAAGUGCACAGCAAGAACGAUGAGCUACAUCGCGAGCGUGAUGCCAAGCUGAGCCGUUUUCAGAGGGCAAUGGACAGGAUCACCCGCAAAUGGUUCCCUCGUUGUGUCUUCUGCGGCCGGCACUACUCUUCGGCAGCGUGCCGAUGA